CCUGCCUGUACCUUUCCAAGAUGGCCGCCCUCGCAGAGAAGAUUUUGCUCGAGGCUGCCGAAAAAGAUGCAUUAUAUAAGCCAACUUACGUCGAAAAAGAUUUGGAUCUGGCUUUCGAUUUGGGUACCCUCUUAGCCACGGAUCCAAACCCUUUGGAUGCGCAGAAACUUAGGUCCGAAAGCAGAGAAGAGUAUUUGACAGAACUGGCGAGGGGUAACACUCAGUUGCUGAUCAACAAGCUGUUUGAGCUUCCUACAGAACGGGUGGAGGAUGUCAUUGUCGCGAAGUUGCCCGACGGUACAACUAGACUUCCAAGAGAAAAACCGCCCCCUAAGCCGAAGCCCGCAACCAGGUGGUCCGAGUUUGCUCGGCAGAAGGGCAUCAAGCGUCGCAAAAAGGAGAAGCUCGUCUGGGACGAAACCAUCAAGGACUGGAGGCCAAGGUACGGCUACAAGCGUGCCCUGGUGGAGAAACAAAAGAACUGGGUGGUUGAAGUGCCCGAUGGGAAAGAUCCAUACGUUGACUAUGUCGGUGAGCUAAAGGAGAAGAAGAAGGAACGGGUGGCCAAAAACGAAUACCAGCGUCUGCGCAACAUCGCUCGCAACAGCAAGGCGAAAGUUCCCAAGAACCUGUUUCCUCCGACAGAAAACCUCAGUAAAGACCAGGUGGCCACGGCGGUAACCCUGGCGAAGUCUUCGACCGCGUCGCACGGCAAGUUUGCCGGAACCUUGAAGGAAGAGAAGAAUGUCAGAGUGCGGAAAGCAAAGAGAAAGUUUGAGUCCAACAUGGGAAGUCUGAAGAAGGAGAAGGCGUCCCAGCUCAAGGUGCUCGACGAGAUGGCUCGCAAGAAACCCAAGCUGGACAUCAACCAGGCUGUCAACCACUUCAUUCAUGACGAGGAAGUCAAGGCAUCGAGGAACAAAGACAAGAAGACUCCCAAGAAGCUGAAGGGCAAGCAGCAGUCCUCGAAGAGGAAAGGAGGGAACAACAAGGCUCGGGGAAAGGGCAGGGCAGGAGGGAAGCAGAAGGGGGGCAACAAGAGGAACAGGAAGUGACCUGGCGCGCCCACGUCCAGGGCCUUCAAAAAAUAAACAAGCUUCGUGUCGACAA